AAUGCAUUAUGUUGAUUAAUUGAGAUACGUGAAAUGCAGUAAGUGAGAAAAGAAACAAGAAAUGCAUGUAGUUGUACAACGUAUGGGACAGUUAUCACUAAUGUUUCUCGUAUAUCAUUAUCAGUAAUACCUAAAGCCGAUAUGAAAAGCAGCAACACAGUUACAGGUUCCAGUAAAGAAUUAACUAUUGAAAAGCGUGUCUGAAGAAACGGCAGGUAAGAGAAGGAGAAAAAACAGACAAGAGAGAGAGAGAGAGAGAGAGAGAGAGAGAGAGAAAAGAGAAAAAGAAGGAAACAAAAAUGCUGAUUGUUUUCAUUUUUUCUUGUUAACUCGAAGCGUCGCAGAUUUUGUGAAACAGUGCAACAAUAUGGAUAAGGACACGAGCAACAUGAAGCCAAAUCCCAAAGAGACCGCAAAUGUCUUCAGUAUUCUAUUUUUCUGGUGGAUGCGAGAAUUAUUUGUGACAGGAUCUAAGCGUGAUUUAGAGGAAUCUGACAUUUAUCGACCAAUCAAGGAAGACGAAUCCCAAAAAGUAACCGAUCAUCUUGAAAAAUAUUGGAAUUGCGAGCUAGAUAAACUGAGGAACCUGGAAUAUACCGUAGGCAAAGACGGGCAGAAAGUGCCGUUAAAAAAGAAUGCUCGUCCGAAAUUGUACAAGGCGAUCGUUAAAACUUUUUGGAUUCCAUAUUUGAUAAUUGGAAUCUGCGUAUUUAUCCAAUGCAGUGUAGUACGCGUAGCAGUACCGAUCAUUCAAGGUUGGAUCAUUAACUACUUUUCCAAUAAUUCCAACUUGAAGAUAGAAAAAAGUGAGGUGCUGAUCUACAUCGUUUUGAUGGUCAUCUGCAGUUUUAUCUCCGUUAUGAUGAUGCACCAUACGAUACUGCAAUCGUUGCACAUCGGUAUGAGGAUUCGCGUCUCCUGCAGCUCCCUCCUCUAUCGUAAGGUAAUGUUGCGGAUUAAUUUAGCAUCUAUGAACCAAACCGGUACCGGACAGAUCAUGAAUCUUCUCAGCAAUGAUGUUAAUCGCUUCGACCAAUUAACGGCUUUCCUAAAUUACAUAUGGAUCAUGCCUUUCCAGAUCAUAAUCAUAGGAACAAUAAUGUGGCGAAAGAUCGGUAUUUCGGUUCUUGUUGGCAUUGGAUCGCUAUUAAUUAUCGCUCUAGCAGUACAAGGAACCUUCAGCGUGCUGAGCCGCAGAAUCAGAGCCCUGAUUGCGCCACUGACUGACCGAAGAGUACAGUUACUGAGUGAACUUGUAGCUGGGAUACAGGUAGUAAAGAUGUAUGCCUGGGAGAAACCAUUCAGCAAGAUUGUUUCGGUGACCAGAGAGCUAGAAAUUCAGAAGAUUAAAUUUUCGUCUUACGUGCGCGCAACAUACUUGGCUAUUAUAGUUUUUACAGAACGAUUAACGCUCUAUUUUGCUUUGAUAACGUUUGUUCUAAUGGGGAAUGAUCUGACUGCUGACGUGACCUACGAAAUGUCGACGUACUUCAACAUGCUUCAACUCACUGCCGCGUUGUACUUUCCGCACGCGCUGAUAAUGCUGGGCGAAUCGAUGGUGUCUCUGAAUCGAUUAGAGGACUUUCUAUUGAUGGACGAAGUAAACAUGGGAUGCUCGGAGAAGACAACACAGUUGCAGUGUAAAUCUCCGAAAUCAAACGAAGAGAAUAAUGCAGAGAAUCAAAUAGAUAGGUACAUCUCAAGAAAUGGGAGUAUCGGUCUUUCGGAACCUCAAGGAUUAUCUGAUCUUGCGGUCCACGUGAAGCUACAGCGUGUUUCCGCCAAUUGGAUUAGUGGCCAAUUGCCGCCGACUUUGUGCAACAUUAGCUUAACCAUCAAACCAGGUCAGUUAUGCGCUAUGGUUGGCGCCGUAGGUUCCGGCAAAUCGUCAGUGUUACAUCUGCUGCUGAAAGAACUGAAUCCUGGUGCGGGGUCAGUAAUCCUCACCCAGGGCCCUUCGAAGAAUAAUUUUCAGGGCAAUGUGUCUAACGGUUACUUCACGAGUAAUCCGAAUCUGCGCAUCUCCUAUGCUAGUCAAGAACCCUGGCUCUUUGGGGGUACAGUGAGGGAUAACAUAUUGUUUGGCCAGCCCUAUGAUAAGACCAGAUACAUACAGGUGGCAAAUGUGUGCGCUUUGACGAAAGAUUUCCAGCAGUUUCCGCAGGGAGACAUGACAUUGGUCGGUGAUAGAGGUGUAUCCCUGUCCGGAGGUCAAAGAGCCCGAAUCAAUCUCGCGAGAGCGGUUUACAGACAGGCGGAUCUCUAUUUAUUUGACGAUCCCUUGAGCGCUGUGGAUACUCACGUUGCCAAACAUCUCUACGGAAAGUGCAUCACCGAGUAUCUUCAUGGCAAGACGAGAAUACUCGUUACCCAUCAAUUACAAUUUCUCAAACGAGCUGAUCACAUUGUCGUGCUGGAUCGAGGCUUCGUGAAGAUGCAAGGAAGCUAUAAUGAAAUAGUAAAAUCAAAUAAAAGUUUCAUUGGGAUGAUGGACAAUUUAAGUCACGAAGCGCAAGAAAAGCAGGAAGAAAUGAGAAGAGCUUCAGAAAUGUCUAGAAGAAUCACGGUAACGAGACGAGUCUCGAAACUAUCGACUGCAAGUUCCGCCAUUCACUCGGACAUUGAUGAUGCUGAUUAUAUGGAAAACAGCCCAGAAGCCGAGAUAAUGGCACACGGCCAAAUAUCUGGCAGAGUAUACAAAGAUUAUCUACAUUAUGGCGGCAACUACUUCACGCUAUUCAUACUGCUGCUGCUCUUCAUCAUCAGCCAGAUCGCCACUACCGGGAAUGAUUACUGGCUGUCAUACUGGACUGCCUUGGAGGAUGUCAGGCGUAUUGGAAACACUAGCGAUGAACAAUUCGCGAACAUGUACAAUAAUAGCUUCCUUGGGUCGAUCUUUACGCUGAACUCGGAUGGUCUCCUCGGAACUGUGGAUGCCAUAUAUCUAUAUACAUUCUGCAUCAUUGCCUGCACCGUUACCACGCUGUUGCGUAGCUUUCUUUUCAUGAAGGUCUGCAUGAACUCAAGUCGCAACCUCCACAAUACCAUGUUUUCUAAUCUGUUGCAAGCGCGUAUGUCUUUCUUCCACAAUAAUCCUUCAGGAAGAAUUUUAAACAGAUUUUCGAAAGACAUGGGCAUCAUGGAUGAGUUGCUACCUAAAGUUAUGUUGGAGGCACUUCAGGGGUGCUGCGUAGUGUGUGGUAUAAUGAUCAUGGAAGCGAUAAUCAUUCAAUGGAUGCUGAUAUUCAUAACGAUAGUGAUCGUCUUAUUCGUUUUCGUGACAAGGUUCUAUUUAAAGACCGCUCAGAAUGUCAAACGUCUAGAAGGCGUAACGAAAAGCCCUAUGUUCUCGCACGUGAACGCCACGCUGAACGGAUUACCGACGAUCAGGAGCAGCGGCGUCGGAAUCGAGCAGAUGAUGAGAAAACAAUUUGAUAUGUUGCAAGAUCGUCACAGCGGCACGUGGUUUCUUUUCUUAACGUGCGCGUCGGCCUUUGGAGUUUUUACGGAUAUAGUCGUAUGCCUGUUCCUAGCUUGUCUUUGCUUCUCUCUAAUACUGAUAAAUGAAAAUGGUAGUAUAGCUGAUAGCCAAGCAGGUCUAGCAAUAUCGCAAUCGUUGAUCCUGAUCGGUUGCUUGCAAUAUAGCAUAAAACAGUCCACCGAGACGAUGUCGCUGAUGACUUCCGUGGAAAGAAUUUUUCAAUACACAAAUCUUCCUAAGGAAGAAACUAUUACAUCGAACAAUCCACCGCCACCUACAUGGCCAUCCCAAGGACAAUUAAUCUUAAAGAACGUUAACAUGAAGUAUCAUGAGGACGAUCCACCAGUUUUGAAAAAUCUAAACGUAUCCAUCGAGCCUGGCUGGAAAGUUGGGGUGGUUGGACGAACAGGCGCCGGCAAGUCUUCCUUAAUCUCGGCGCUCUUCCGCUUGUUCAAUGAAGGUUUAGAAGGAGAGAUCAAGAUCGAUGAUCGAGACACAAGCACGGUGGGCCUGAGUGAACUACGCUGCAAGAUCUCUAUUAUACCACAGGAACCUGUGCUUUUUUCCGAGAGUUUACGUUACAAUCUGGAUCCGUUCAAUCAGUACGACGACAUGAAGCUGUGGGAGGUGCUGCGGCAAGUCGAGUUGAAUGAUGUCGCGCUGGACCACGAUAUCUUCUUCGGCGGUCAUAACUUCAGUGUCGGCCAGAGGCAACUAAUAUGCUUGGCCAGGGCCAUCCUAAGAAACAAUUGUUUGCUCGUUCUCGAUGAAGCUACGGCCAAUAUUGAUUCGCACACCGAUGCCUUAAUUCAGGAUACAAUAAGAAGUAGUUUUAAAGAAUGCACCGUCAUUACAAUAGCACAUCGUUUGAAUACAAUUAUAGAUAGCGAUCGGAUUAUUGUAAUGGAGAAUGGAUCUAUCGUGGAAUUUGGUUGCCCGUACGAGCUGUUGCACGACAAACCGGACGGUUACUUUUCACAAAUGGUAGAGAAGACGGGCAAUCAUAUGGCGCAAAGUCUUUUGGAACAAGCGAAGAAAGCUUGCGAGAAGAAUAACGAUCAUCGUGAAUUAAACUUAUCGGCGCAAAAUACUAGGAAUGAGAGCGAUAUCACAAUUACAGAACAGUCUGCUUUGUAGCUUUUUCUACCAAGAAAAUCUUGCAUAAAAAAGUACUCCAAAGAAACCUGUCGUUUUUAUAAGGACUAUAUGUAUUCGGCUGAUGGUGGCGGGAAUCAUGUUCUCACUGUUGAGGUUCAAUAUAGUUUAUAUAUCGCCAUUUUAAAGUAUAACAAUACAUAUAUAUAUACUCAUGGAACAGUGAGAAAGAUAAUUACGGAAAUCUGACAAUUUUUAAAUUGCAUUGUGAAUAUGUGUUAAACACCAUUGAGAAUGUGUGCUGUUGAAUAACAUUAAUCGAGAACAUGAUCCCCGGGUCUUCAACUUCGAUGAAACUACUACUAUAAAAGCACUACUACAAAAUAAAUAAUAUUAGUACAAACUCACUUUUUUAAAAAAGAUUAAAAAAUGCUCUAAGAAUUAAGUGCUUCU